UAAGUGCUGGUGAUGUGCUUAACCUGCACAUCCCAAAAAUGCACUGGAAAUGGGAAAUGGUAACAGAGAAAGGGAAGGGGUGUGAAAGAACUGAGCCAUGGGAAGGGAGAGCUGGGAAAGGGGCUGCCAAAGCUGGAGAGAUUUUUUCCCAAUGAGUUUGGGAAGGGCAAUGCUCAGAAAUGCAAGAUCAUAAAGAGUGCUAAAAAAAAAAGUGGGAUGAAAUGGCAAGCCCUUCUUAUUAAAAUGAGUUAUUUAAUAAAACUAUGAAUUAUUCAACAAGGAACAUUUUCUAGCUUGUUCUAUGCACAUUUAACAUUGAAAAUGGGAGGGGAGCUGGUGGAAUGGAAUCAGAAAGGAGAUCUUGGGAUGUCAUCCGUGUAACACUGAUAGGGAUGGGCUGGAUGCCACAUUACUCUGCUCCUUUGUCAGUCCCUGCCUUUCACGUGCUGCUUCAAAGCAUCACCGAGGAUUUCACAGAUUUCACACUGUCCAGGCAGGGAGAAGGAGCAGUUGCCUUUGUGCCAGGCAGGAUUUCUGCCCUGAGGUCUUCUGUAGAGAGCGGGGUGGCAAAUACAAAAGAAAAUCCCGAGAAGAAGGGGAACAUCCUGAGGCUCAGAGCAAGAAAAAGGCUGGAGCAGAGAGCGUGUGGGAAGGGGGACGGAGGAGAAGAGGAACAGAGACGUGGAGCAGUGGCUGGGGAUGGGCUGUGAUGUGCUGUUCCCCACCGUGCCCUGUUUUGCCAUCACCUCCUGGCGGCAGUUCGAGGCUUUGUACCCAGAGGGGAUGUGUCCCGGCUGGAGCGUCGUGGUCAAGGGUGAAACCAGCUCCAGCACCAGCAUGUUUGAAAUUAAUUUCCUCAGUCAUCCCGGAGAUCAGAUCGCUUUCCACUUCAACCCCCGCUUCGCCAGCUCCAGAAUUGUUUGCAACUCCUUCCUGGCCAACCACUGGGGGAAGGAGGAGGUGAACAAAACCUUCCCCUUCGAAGCCAAGGAACCCUUCCAGGUUGAAAUCUAUUCUGACCAGGAUUAUUUCCACAUUUUCAUUGAUGAAAACAAAAUCCUGCAGUACAAGCAUCGCCAAAAACAGCUUUCAUCCAUCACCAAGCUGCAGAUUCUUAAUGAUAUUGAAAUUUCUUCGGUGGAAAUCACCAAACGAGGCCUUUACUAGCAAAGAAAGUUGGGAUAGCCUCACCAGCCACUCCUCCUUAAUUUCCUGAUCCAGAUGGGGGCCUCUUCCUCCACAUCUCCACCCAUCAUCAGCCAGCCAGAUAGCUGCAGCACAUCCUUGCAGUGGAAAUGAUGGCCACAGCCAUUGCAUGCCACAGCACUACAGCAGCACCCAGCCAUGCUGUUAACUUGUAGCCACAUCACUGAAGACCUUCUGCCCCUGUGCCCUGAAGUGCACAAUGCUCUUAUCUUUGCUGCUAGAGAGACUGACAGAUCACUGCUUCACAUCAAAAUCUGCCUUGAAUAGCCUGGAUAUUUUAAUGCUGCCCUAGAAAUUGUAUUUGCCCUGGAGUGGGAUGCAAAUUAGUGCUAGUCCUCAGCUGGCUGCAUGGCGAUGGAUGCGAUGUGUGUGGAUGUUACCAAUGGAAAGGAACAGCUCACU